AUGGAGAUUCGUGCACUAUAUCCUACAGUUUAUUCCCCCCCCCCCGUGCGUAAUCGAUGGUGCUGUGCUGCACCAGUCAACCCACUCAUUUGUUUCUCUUCCCUUGUUUCAGCCUUUCUCGAGUCCGCUCUGGACCAUUAUGUCUCUGGUCUCCCUGUACCAACCCAUGUGGAGCGCAUGGGUAUUCGAAGCGGCCUCGUCAAGUCACGUCUACGGGGUGCUUCGAUAUCUACGGGUAAAACGUUGACCUUCUUGGAUGCACACUGUGAGGCAACUACUGGAUGGUUGGAACCACUGUUACUUCAGAUUGCUGAGGACCACCGACGUGUUGCCUGCCCUAUCAUAGAUGUAAUCAGUGAGACAACGUUUGAAUAUAUAACUGGUUCUGAUUCUAUUUGGGGCACCUUCGAUUGGGGUAUGUCGUUCCACUGGACUCCGAUUGCGAAUCGCGAGCGUGCUCGAACUCACAAGGACCCAAACAUACCGGUUAAGACCCCGGUGAUGGCUGGUGGGCUUUUUACCAUAUCCCGAGACUACUUUUAUGAGAUUGGUAGCUACGAUGAAGGUAUGAUAGUUUGGGGCGGCGAAAACGUCGAGAUGUCUGUGCGAUUGUGGCAGUGCGGUGGCGAACUCUUGAUUGUCCCAUGCAGUCGAGUGGGUCACGUGUUUCGUAAGGUCUCACCAUACGUUUGGCCCGGUGGGGUACAGCACGUUCUGUCUGUGAAUUCGCUCCGCACGGUCCUGGUUUGGCUAGAUGAGUUCAAAGACUUUUACCUCAAGUCAAAUCCAGGCUCCUUUCUGUUCUCACCCGCCUAUGAUGUCAUUAUGCCUCAUUGCUCGUUCCUCUCCAUUACGGCUCCCGCAUUUGAGAUCCUUCUCAACGUGACCUCUUGCAUCUGA